AUUACUCUCAAACCAGGAAGAAUAAUGAAAAGAAAAACAACAAACACAUUGACAGCUUUUUUGGGAGGGAUGGACUUUUAAAUAUUAUCCCACACUUGCUUUUUAAGGAGCUGUAAAGUCAAACAUUACGAAGAUGAACUUGGAACCAGGUCUUGUGGUUCUGCUGGGUCUGCAGCUGGUGGUGGGAGCCGGACACUGGUGUGAACGUGUGGUGGAAGACAGAGUGGAGUCGGUUCUGUCCCCACGACUGCAGCUGGAAGUGAGCUGCUCUGAAGUGUACCAGUACAACACCCAGGGAUGGAGGCUGGAUGUGGACAGGAUGCGCACCGUGCAUGGAGGGGACGACGGAAUCGCUCGAUAUUACAAACAGCAGGGACAGAGGGCGUCCUGCUUCUUGUACAAACCGCCGGAGAUGGAGAGUCAAGCCGUGAAUAAGACAGUGAGGACCUGCUGUGAGGGCUGGGGAGGACCUCACUGCUCUCAGGGUGUUGGGGUCCGUGGUCAGUGCUAUUCCACAUGGAACUGUGAGAAAUUCCCAGGAGUUCAUAACUCCUCGCUUAUGCCGAUGGAGCAAUGCUGCAGCAGCCUGUGGGGACUGAGCUGGAAGAACGCCUCGGACCAAAUCUGUUUGACUUGCACCUACACUCUGCUGCCAGACUCCCAGUCCUCUCCACUGGUGCGGAGCGGACUGCUGGGUACUGCCAGGGUUCCUCUGGGCUCGGCCACAUGCGUGUCCUGGGGAGGAGCCCACUAUCGCACUUUUGACAAGAAGCACUUCCACUUUCAGGGAAGCUGUACGUACCUGCUGGCCUCAUCUACCGAUGGCACCUGGGCAGUCUACAUCAGUACAAUCUGUGACCAGAGGGGAGACUGUAACAAGGCGCUGAGGAUGAUGCUGGGUCUGGAUUUGGUUUCUAUUCAUCAUAAAAAUGUAACACUGAACAGUCUGCCUGUUCCAAAUGGGGAGCCACUAUUUCAAAAUGGAGUGAGCGUCUACUGGCUUGGAGACUAUGUGUUUGUGGAGAGCGGGGUGGGGGUCAGGGUGAAGUUCGACAUGGUCAACACGGUGUAUGUGACGGUGACCUCUGAGCAGCUGGGAACCACCAGGGGACUCUGUGGAGUCUUUAACAACAACGCUGAUGAUGAUUUCACCACGAUGGCUGGAGACGUUUCUUCAUACGCUGCCAGUUUUGGAAACUCAUGGAAAAUUCCGGACCAGCACAACGAGGACUGCAGUGAUGCAGCUGAGCUUGGCCACAGCUGUGAUGUCACAGGAGAUCCCGCUCUACGCCGGCGGGCAGAAUCAGUGUGUCGUCAGCUGCUGGAAAAACCCUUCACACACUGCCACAGCCAGGUGGAUCCAGGAGCCUACAUGGACAGCUGUCAGUACCUGUACUGCAGCCUCCCACCCAAAGAGAGGCAGGCUGCAGUGUGUGACACCCUGGCCAGCUACACCCGGGAGUGUGCUGAACAACACGUCGUCAUAAUGUGGAGGACCGCAGCACUAUGUGGUCGUGUCUGCUCCAGAGGACAGGUCUUUUCAGACUGUGUGUCCUCCUGUCCUCUGAGCUGCUCUUCUCCUCACCCCCCGGGGUCUGCUGCAGCCGUGGGUCAGUGCAGAGAGGAGUGUGUGGGGGGCUGCGAGUGUCCUCCUGAUCGCUACCUUUACCAGGGUCUCUGCUUGAAAAGAGAAGACUGUCCCUGUUUCCACCGCAGGCGCAUCCACCAGCCUGGGGACAGGAUACAGAUGAGAUGCAACACUUGUGUGUGCAGGGCGGGUCAGUGGGAGUGUACAAGAGAGAAGUGUGCCGGCCAGUGCACUCUGAUGGGGGCAUUGCAGGUGACCACAUUCGACAAAAAACGGUAUGCACUGCCUGGUGGAGACUGUCCUUUCAUCGUUGUGGAGGACUUUGUGGACAGGAAGUUGGCGGUGGGAGUGCGUUGUGGAGAGUGUACAGCUGGGGAUGGGGCAGCGGGAGGAGAAACGGGCUGUCUGAAGGAGAUUACAGUGACGGCUCUGCACACAACAGUCACUGUUACACACACUGGCACCGUGACUCUGAAUGGCCAACGGGAGAUGAUGCCUGUGGCGACUGGAGACCUGGUUUUGCGCAAGGCCACCUCUUCAUUCAUCGUCAUCCAGACUUUUGGAGCCCAACUUCUAUGGUACUUAGAUGGAUCCUUUACCCUCAUCAGCCUACAGCCUGGUUUUACCAACAAGGUGCGUGGUCUAUGUGGAACUCUGACUUGGAGCCAGCAUGAUGACUUUACCACCCCAGAGGGAGAUGUGGAGAACAAUGUUUUAUCCUUCGCAGAGAAAUUCACAAGUGAGCCCUGUACCCUGCCUGGAGGAACUCCAGCUGAUCCCUGCUCCACAUACACCCAGAGGAGAAUCUACGCCCAAACAGUGUGUGCCAUCAUACAUAGUCUGGUCUUUCAGGUGUGUCAUGACGUAGUGGACAGGGAGCCAUAUUUCCGUCUCUGCCUGUCGGAGGUGUGUGGCUGUGAUCCACAGAGGACUUCAUGUCACUGCACCGUCCUCACUGCCUACGGCCGACACUGCGCUCAGGAGGGCGUCACAGUCCAGUGGCGCAACCAAACACUCUGCCCGGUCCAGUGCACAGGGGGCCAGGUGUACCAGGAGUGCGGUCAUACCUGCGGUGGCUCCUGCUCAGACCGGCGUCAGGGCUGGAGCUGUGACGAGUUCGGCUCUGAAUCAGGACGCGGCGUGUGUGUUCCAGGUUGUCAGUGUCCAGCAGGACUUGUGCAGGACCAGCAAGGCCAGUGUGUGCCUCUCUCUCUGUGCCCCUGCAUGGAAGGAGACAAGCUGUACCCAGCAGGCACUGUGGUGCAGAAAGGCUGCAACACUUGCGUGUGUGAGCAGGGCGUGUUUAACUGCACCCAGGAGCUCUGUGAGGAGGUACAACAGUGCCCCCACUCUCUGGUCUACUCUCCACGCUCCUGCCUCCUGACCUGCUCCAGUCUGGAGCCUCCUGGCCAUCAGCCUGUGUCCAGCGUCUCACACUCCAGCUGCAGGGAGCCACUGUCUGGCUGCGUCUGUCCUCAGGGAACUGUCUCUCUAGAGGAUCGCUGUGUUCCACCAGAGGAGUGUCCAUGUCACCAUAACGGACAACUUUAUUACACCAAUGACACCAUUACUAAAGACUGCAACACAUGUGUGUGUAAGAAGCGGCGCUGGCACUGCUCCCAGACCGUCUGUGCCGGUGUGUGCGUUGCCACCGGAGAUCCACACUAUGUGACGUUUGACGGCCGCUGCUACUCGUUCCUGGGUGACUGCCAGUACGUGCUGGCCCGGGAGAACAGCGGCUUGUUCAGCGUGACGGCGGAGAACGUGCCGUGUGGCAGCACCGGCGUCACCUGCACCAAGUCGGUCACCCUCAGCCUCGGAAACACAGUCAUACACCUGCUGAGAGGUAAAGCAGUAACGGUGAACGGAAUGCCUGUUUCCUUACCAAAGACCUACAGCGGCAGUGGUCUGGCUCUGGAGAGAGCUGGCAUAUUUGUCGCUUUGUCUUCCCGACUAGGAAUCACCUUGCUCUGGGAUGGAGGGAUGCGUGUGUACGUGCGCUUGGCGCCCCACCUGCGGGGCCAGGUGGAAGGCCUGUGUGGGAACUUUGACGGAGACACGGAGAACGACUUCACAACACGGCAAGGUAUCGUGGAGUCCACGCCGGAGUUGUUUGGAAAUUCGUGGAAGGUCAGCCCUUCCUGCCCCGACGUGGAAAACCAGGACCUCAGAGAUCCCUGCGCUCUGAAUCCCCACAGAGUGACCUGGGCCAGGAAGAGGUGUGCAGUGCUGACUCAGGAGCUGUUUUCACGCUGCCAUGCUGAGGUUUCCUUCCAGCAGUAUUAUGACUGGUGUGUCUUUGAUGCUUGUGGCUGUGACUCCGGUGGGGACUGUGAAUGUCUCUGCACAGCUGUUGCUUCAUAUGCAGAGGAGUGCAACCGGAGAGGAGUCUACAUCCGCUGGAGGUCUCAGGAUCUGUGCCCUCUUCAGUGUGAUGAAGGGCAGCUCUAUGAUCCGUGCGGUCCAGCCUGCACUCCGUCCUGCCCCGGUGUCCAGCAGAGUCCUCACUCUCAGUGUGGGGUGCUGUCCUGUGUGGAGGGCUGCUUCUGCCCUGCUGGCACAGUCAGACACGGUGACGGCUGUAUAGAACCCACCGAGUGUCCCUGUGAAUGGGAAGGCUCCAUGUUUCCGCCUGGAAGUGUCAUCACCAAUCACUGUCAGAACUGUUCCUGUGAAGAGGGCGUGUGGCGCUGUGAGGGCGUGUCUUGCCCUCCUCCCCCGCCUCCUUGCCUGGAGUCAGAGUUUUCCUGUGCCAGCGGACGCUGCAUCUCCUCUCAGUGGGUGUGUGACAACGAGGACGACUGCGGAGACGGUUCGGAUGAGGUCUGUCCAUCCACCUGCUCCCCACAGCAGUUCAGAUGUUCCAGCAGCCCGAGUGGACCAUGUUUGAACCUGGCUCUGCGUUGUGAUGGCCACCCAGACUGUGCUGACCAAUCGGAUGAGGAGUUCUGCGGACCCCCCACCCCGGUGCCUCUGUGUCCUCCCGGAGAGUUUCAGUGUGCCAACGGAAAGUGUCUUCCAGCCAGCCGUGUGUGUGACGGACGGCUGGACUGUGGCUUCGCUGACGGUUCUGAUGAGCAAGACUGUGGUGUGGUGUGUGAAGAAGGGGAGUUCCUGUGUCCAGGAGGACGCUGCAUCCUCUACAUCCACCGCUGUGACGGCCAUGAUGACUGUGGAGACCUCAGUGAUGAAAGAGGGUGUGUGUGCUCACCAGGAGAGUUUCAAUGUCCUGAUGAUCGGUGUAUCCCUGCACACACACUCUGUGAUGGACACAGAGACUGCCCUUCAGGAACAGAUGAAGCUGUCUGCCCAAAGAAAGUGACCUGUGCUCCCCAUCAGUUUGCCUGCAGCGACGGUUCAUGCGUUGCCAAAACGAAGCUGUGUGAUGGAGCAGCGGACUGUGCAGGCCAAGAGGAUGAGAACAGAACCAGCUGCUCCGCUGGAAUCACUCCGUCACCUGUCACACCAUCUUCAGUUUGUAGGUCCUAUGAGUUGAGGUGUGCCAGCGGGGGUCAGUGUGUGCCUCAGGCGUGGCGUUGUGACGGGGAAACGGACUGCGUGGACGGCAGUGAUGAGCUGCAGUGUGCUGCUCCCUGUGGACCGGGCCAGAUGCUCUGCCUCAGUGGGGACCAGUGCGUGGAUUACCAGCAGCUCUGUGACGGAACCCCCCACUGCAGAGACGCAUCCGAUGAGAGCGUCAACACCUGUGGCUCCGCUCAGAUACCAUCCUGUCCGGGAAGCUUCCCGUGUGACAACCGCACCUGUGUGAACGUGACCCAAGUCUGCAAUGGCGUCCCUGACUGCCCACGCGGCGACGAUGAGUUGGUGUGUGAUCAAACCGUUUCAGCAGCGCCCCCUGGCAGUCGAAACGUGUCUGCGCCCUGCUCUGAGUUCACCUGUAUGGAUGGAAGCUGUUUACCAUUCAACAGGGUGUGUAAUGGUGUAGCAGACUGUCCUGACUCUUCACUAACCCCAUCUGGAGGGCCCACAGAUGAGCAUGGAUGUAGGAGUUGGGGCUCUUGGGGCCCCUGGAGCUCCUGCAGCGCCUCCUGUGGAUCAGGUACCAUGAGUCGGCGGAGAUCCUGCCCCCCAGGUGACCCACUUCACCGCUGCCUGGGCCAACACACCCAGAAGCAGCAGUGCUUCAAUGUCACCUGCCCCGUGGACGGUCAGUGGUUGCCAUGGAGCAGCUGGUCCAGCUGUUCCCGUGGUUGCGGUGAGGUGCAGGUGAGGCUCAGAGACUGCAGUCCUCCUCGCUAUGGAGGUCGGCACUGUUCCCAGCUCCCCGGACCCUCUAACAUCUCCAUGGAGAUCAAACCAUGUCCUGAUGAUGGCUGUGUUGACACCAGCUGUCCUCCUGGCCUGGUGAGGCGCCGCUGUGCUCCGUGUCCCUUCUCCUGCGCUCACAUCAGCAGUGGGUCGACCUGUGACCCUGCGACGCCCUGCUUCUCUGGCUGCUGGUGCCCCGAAGGCCAAGUGAUGAACCACACACAGCAGUGUGUGUCACCCGGAGAGUGUGUGUGUGAGGUGGCCGGUGUUCGCUACUGGCCGGGUCAGCAGAUGAAAGUGGACUGUGACCUCUGUGUAUGUGAGAGGGGAAGGCCGCAGAGGUGUCGGCCCAACCCAGACUGCUCAGUGCACUGCGGUUGGUCGUCAUGGUCUGAGUGGGGAGAGUGUUUGGGCCCCUGUGGGGUCCAGAGUGUCCAGUGGUCAUUCCGGAGCCCCGAUCAUCCCACCAAGCACGUGGAUGGGAGGGUGUGCAGAGGGAUUUACAGAAAGGCUCGUCGGUGUCAGACAGAACCCUGUGAUCAGUGUCGCCAUCACAGUCGAUCCCAUGUAGUUGGAGAAAGAUGGAAGGUGGAGCCCUGCCAGUUAUGCCACUGUCUUCCCAACCGUACGGUGCAGUGCGCCCCCUACUGUCCAUACGCAGUCACCGGGUGCCCUAUGGGUCUAAAGCUCAUCACUGGAGAGGGAAACAGGUGCUGCUACUGCCAAGGUGAAAAUGGGACAACGAUGGUAACAGAAACUCCUGGCAUUAUGACAUCUAAACCCAGGGAUGUUACUCCUGUAGUACCUACAUAUCCAUUUCCACCUGGAGAUGAGUGUUGGGUUCCUCUGGGUGUCCAGACCCUCCCAGUGUCUAGUUUCACUGCCUCAUCCCACCAGGAGGGCCACCCACCCGACGCAGCACGUCUUCAUGGGUGGGACCCCCAUAGAGAUCUCCAGGGCUGGAGUCCAGAGCCAGAGGAGUAUAAAGACCUGCCACAAAAGAGACGCGAAGGACAGAGUGUCAACACGCAAAGCCCCUACAUACAGAUCGACCUCCUCAAACCCUACAACAUCACUGGCGUGCUGACCCAGGGAGGUGGGGUGUUCGGCACGUUUGUGUCCAGCUUCUAUCUCGAGUUCAGCCAUGAUGGAAAACGUUGGUACACUUACAAGGAGCUUCCUUCUGAUGCACCACCCAGAGCCAAGGUUUUUCUCGGUAACCAUGAUGAUCGAGGCGUGGUGGAGAGUAGACUGGAAAGGAUAGUGUCGGCUCGGUUUGUUCGACUGUUGCCUCAUGACUUCCAGAAUGGCAUCUACCUUCGGCUGGAGAUCAUGGGCUGUGGUGAUGGUUACCCCAGGUUAACUUUCCCAACCCCUCCUUCACCAGUCACUCUGGGUGAAGGCUGCAGAGAGAGAGAAUUCCGGUGUGAUAACGGUCGCUGUGUGCCGGCCGGCUCUCUGGGAGUUGUCUGUGAUGGAGUCAAUGACUGUGGGGACGGGUCAGAUGAGAAGUACUGUGGCACCCAACCUUCCUCCACAACCACCAGUCCACGCAGCUGUCCCAUUGGUCACUUCUCUUGCCUGCCACCAGGGGGUUGCAUUGAGGCAGACAGGCGCUGUGAUGGUAUCCUUGACUGUCCUAAAGGAGAGGAUGAAAAUGGAUGCCACCGACAUGACAUCACUACACAGUCAGACAGGCCACACACACCCACCCCCUCUCCUCUGAAGACCCCAUCAAUGGCUGCUGUUACUCUCUCUACUGCAUCACUGACUGACGGCGGUCCAGGAUACCGCGGCCUUUGCUCCUCUCCUCUUGGACUGGAGGAUGGGAGGAUUCACUACGGCCAGCUGUCCUCAUCCUCUCACCGUGAGAACAACCCCGCUGACGCCGGGAGACUAAACAUCGUCCCCAACAUUCCAGUUAUGGAGCCUGGCUGGAGCCCCCUACCUGGGGACCCCCAGCCAUAUUUUCAGGUGGAUUUCCUGGAGCCCACUUGGGUGUCAGGAGUGGUGACACAGGGCAAUGAGCGCAUGUGGGGCUACCUCACCAAAUACCGCCUGGCCUUUGCCCCCCAGAGCGCCCACUUCUCAGAUUUCACAGCAAAUGGAAAGUUUGACGGCCCUGCCAAGGUGUUUGAGGUUCGGAUGGUGGGCAGGACCCCCGUGACCCGCUGGUUGGGCCGGUUGGUAAGAGCUCGGUACAUCAGAAUCAUCCCUGUGGAGUUCAGGCACACCUUCUACCUCCGUGUGGAGAUUCUUGGCUGCAGAGGAGAUGAGUAUGUGACCACAUCGCCCUCUGGGGUUGGGACAGUGCAGCGCUGCAAGCCGGGCCAGUUUCUAUGCCACGGCAGUGAGGAGUGCAUCCCUGUGUCUUUGCUUUGUGACGGUCAGCCAAACUGUAAGGACUACUCUGAUGAGACAAACUGUGGAACUGCUCCCACCAGAGGCUUUCCAGGCCUCCGCAAUCAGACCAGCUACACUGGAAGACCUGGUAUCCAUGGUGACAACACAACAGGCGGCCCUGGGCUACACACUACCAAGUCUGAAGAUGGCUUUCCUGGUGUGGCAUCACCUGCAGUCACUCCCAGAUCUCAGCCGCCGAGUUCAGGAGUCACAACAGGCCAACCUGGACUCCAUCUUACUUCCUCAGUGCAGCCUGGCAGACCCGGUCUUCAAACCACAGAAGCAUCAUCAGUCAUCACAAGCACACCAGACACCGGUUUGCCCAGAGUGCUUUGCAUGGAGGGCCAGUUCACGUGCUGGUCAUUUGGCUGUAUGGACUCUGCACAAGUGUGUGAUGGAAGGAAGGAUUGCUUAGAUGGUUCAGAUGAAGAACGUUGUGGCACAACAACCAGCCCAGCAGUAACUCCAUGGCGCCCCCUGGUGCCCAGACCCUGCUCUCCAAAGCAGUUCUCUUGUGACAGCAGUGAGUGCGUUCACAAGGAUCGCAGGUGUGACCUGCAGAGGGACUGUAUCGAUGGAUCGGAUGAAAAAGACUGUGUGGACUGCAUAAUGUCCCCAUGGACAGCCUGGAGUGGCUGCAGUGUGACGUGUGGUCUCGGCUCCUUGUUCCGGCAGAGGGACAUUCUAAGAGACGCCCUGCCUGGAGGAUCCUGUGGUGGAGCUCAGUUUGACAGUCGAGCCUGCUUCCCUCGAGCAUGUCCAGUUCAUGGUCACUGGUCGGCAUGGACAGAGUGGUCAGAGUGUGAUGCUCUGUGUGGAGGAGGAGUUAGACAGAGGAGCAGAACCUGCUCAGCUCCUCCUCCUAAAAACGGAGGGCGGGACUGUGAGGGCAUGACCCGACAGAGCCAAACCUGUAACAUCCAGCCCUGCACCAACGAGACAGGCACACAGACAGGCUGCGUCAGCGGCAUGGUGCUGGUGAAAGAAGAAGAUUGCCGAGCUGGACGGGUUGAUCCCUGUCCUCCCACCUGCUCAGACCUCAGCAUGACCAGCAACUGCUCUGCAACAUGUGUCAUCGGCUGCCGCUGUCCUCAUGGGCUGUACCUUCAGGAUGGCCGAUGUGUGAACUCCAGCCAGUGCGUCUGUCACUGGGAUGAUGAAGCCCUGCAGCCUGGGCAGGUGAUCAGCAGAGAUCAGUGCACCACGUGCAUGUGCAGAGAAGGGCAGGUCACCUGUGACACUUCUAGAUGUCUGGAGACCUGCCAGUGGUCCGCCUGGUCUGCAUGGUCUCCAUGUGAUGUGACGUGCGGUGUGGGGAUGCAGCAACGCUACAGGUGA